AUGCUGCGGCGGCGGCUGCUGUUGCUCCUGCUGGCGGGGCUGGGCGGCUUCGGCGGGCUGUGCGGGGCGCCGGGCGAGACCUUCAGCUCCAUGCUCAGCAUCCGGCGGGCGCUGGGCACGGAACGGGAGCUGCUGCGCCACCUGCGCUCUUACCUGGAGGACGAGGCCAGCCGGCUGCGAGACCUGGACAGAUUCUACCGGAAGAUCCAGGAUUUGCAUCAGGGAUCGAGCGGCACCAUGGCGAACCCCUUGAUGGCGUUUGCCCUGAUCAAGAGAUUGCAGUCAGACUGGAGGAACGUGGUUUACAGCAUGGAGGGAAGUGAGAAUAUUCAAGGAUCACGUCCCAUGCACUCCUGUAUCUAUGUAUCUAUGUAUCUAUGUAUCUAUGNCGACAAGGAGGAUUAUUACCACUCCAUUCCGUGGAUGGAGGAAGCUGUCCGGCUCUUCAGGGUCUCCUACGGGGACUGGAAGACGGAAGAUGAAGGGAGCCUGGAAGACGCUCUGGAUCAUUUAGCCUUCUCCUACUUCAUGGCAGGAAACAUUUCUCACGCCUUAAGGCUGUCCCAGGAAUUUCUCCACUACGAUCCAGGCAAUGAGCGGAUGGCGAGGAACGUCCUGAAAUAUGAGGCGCUUUUGAGGAAGGACCAGGAGGAGGGCAAGGGAAGAAUCGCGGUGCAGAGGCCCAACGUGACUCAUCUGGAGACGCGAGAUGCGUACGAGGAGCUCUGCCAGAGGCUGGGGUCUCAGCUGCAGAGAUCAGUGGUGGCUUCGGGAGAAAAUCAGGAACAAGCAGACUAUCGGAUCAGUCAGAGGAAAAGCCCCCUUUAUCGGAUGAAAUCCGGAAACCGAAUAGCUACGUUGAUGGUCUAUCUGACUUCGGUGGAAGCUGGAGGAUCUACAGCCUUUAUUUAUGCAAAUCUCAGUGUGCCGGUUAUCAAGAAUGCCGCUCUCUUCUGGUGGAACCUGCGGAGGAACGGGGAAGGGGACGACGCCACCCUCCACGCCGGCUGCCCGGUCCUUGCGGGAGACAAGUGGGUGGCCAACAAGUGGUUCCACGAACACGGGCAGGAGUUCCACAGGCGGUGCGGCACCGACCCGGGAGAAUAG